AUUGCCCCAGCGCAGACACAGAAAUGGACGACACGGACUUUUCGCUCUUCGGCCAGAAGAACAAGCACAAGAAAGACAAAGCGGAUGCCACACAGAUCGCCAAGACGCCCACAUCGGAGGCGGAUCUGAAGCGCAUCAUCAUCUCCAGGCCCACCGUCGAUGACACCUACGAGAACUGUCAACGCGCCGGCAUCGCGGUGAUACUCAAUCACAAGGACGUCAAGGGGCAGAAGCAGCGCGUGGGCACCGAACGGGAUCGCGAUGACAUGCAGCACACCCUGCAGACCUUUGGCUUCGAUGUGAGGACCUACAACGAUCUGACCUUCUCCGAUAUCAACGAUAUGCUCAAAGAGGUGGCACGCGAGGAUCAUAGCGAUAAUGAUUGCUUCGUUCUCGUUGUCAUGUCCCAUGGCACUGAGGGCAAGGUCUAUGCCAAGGACAUGUCCUAUCCGGUGGAGCGGCUGUGGAACCCCUUCCUGGGCGACAACUGCAAGACCCUGAAGAACAAGCCGAAGCUCUUCUUCAUACAGGCCUGCCGUGGCGAGAAUCUGGAGAAGGCAGUGGAGUUCACCUCCUUCGCGGUGAUGACCAGAUCUCUGGCCCCCGCCGAAGCGGCGCCGGUCCAACCGAUUACGUAUGCCAUACCCAGCACGGCGGACAUGCUCGUCUUUUACUCCACCUUCGACAAAUUUUUCUCAUUUCGCAAUGUGGACGAUGGCUCGUGGUUUAUUCAGAGUUUGUGCCGAGUCCUGGACAUGGCCGCCUUUAACGAGGCUGGCCAACCCGACGGCGUCGAUCUGCUGCGCCUGCUGACCGCCGUCAACAGGAAGGUGGCCUACGAGUACCAGUCGAAUACGAAGAACGAGGCCCUCAACCAAAUGAAGGAAAUGCCCAACUUUAUGUCCACACUCACCAAAACUUUCCAAUUGCGUGUGAAGCCAAAGACCUGAGCACGAAAUCACCGCCAGCACGGAGCUGACUCAGAUCCCGACGGAGGGCGGGAGCCGAACAGCAAACACAAGCCUUCCCACAAAGUAAAAAGUAACAAUGUUUGCAAUUUGUUUAUAAAUAUAUACACAUGUCUGAGUA